GCCGAAGUAUAAUCAACAGAUAGAUGCUAUAGCGGAGAUUUUGAAUAAGGAAUAGCGAUAGAAAAACGGCGGCAACACGUGAUAGUGGAAUAAUAUGCGCCUGCGUCCUCUCGGUAGAGAGACUCCAGAACGUGAGUAAGUGAAUUGUUCGGAAACCCAGAGUCAGAAGUUUUUAAACAUCGCAGCAAGCAGCGCGAGUUUCUCCGUGGAUCGUUCAGUUUCGUAUGUUUUGUUGGUACCCGUGACUGUCGAAUAUAUCGUGGUCGAAUUUGAAAUUUGACAGACAUCACACCAGUGUUUUGAAGUGUUUUCGGAAAAUGCCUCGUUCUGCGGGGCGUUUUGGAGCCCAAGGAUAACAUGUGCGUUGUUUACGUUUAUCGUGAGAGUGCAUCAUGUCACAGUGCAAGAAAUUUUCGCCCAAUAUCUUCCACAAAACAAAAUGUUCCAAUUGCUUUCGGCAGAAAGAGGAACAUUCUGCGGAAGCGCUGGAAUGCAACCGGGCUAGCCGUUCCAUAGCUCGGAGCGGAUACCUGUUCGUGGCCCCAGACUGGGACUUCUCUGUGCCGCUGAAUCGAACCAAGAGAUGGCAGAGAAGAUUUUUCGUCCUAUACGAUGAUGGGGAACUGAACUAUUCUGUUGACGAACACCCGGACACUAUUCCUCAAGGAUCAGUUGAUAUGUCGAAAGUACUGGAAGUGACAGCUGCGGAGCAGAUAACAGGUCAUCCACAUUCUGUUGCUCUCACAUCUCCCGAUAGGGUUACUUUCAUCAAGGCAGCCAGUCGCGAAGAUGCUAGAUGGUGGGUGGAACUCCUUGCAAUGUUUCCACGGAGACACAAGAGGAAUGCUACAUUUCCAGGAGGAAGAGCUUCUCCCAGCUUACCCCAGCUCGGCAGGAGUGCAUCCCCUCAACCUCCAAGACCCCGAUUUCUGUCUUGCACGACCACCGGGCCCAGUCCUAGAACGAAUUUCGAAACACCGCCUCUGAAGGAGGAAAGGGAAUCUCCUCCCAAGGACGAUCAGAGGCCCAAGUGGAUUCCUGAACCCACGAAAAUCUUGCCCAUCGACGUAAUCCCUCCACCAAAGAGAAGCGAAUAUUUGGUCAGCUCUGGCUCGCCCCCUACCCGCGACAAAUUAAGAUGCGACGAUAAGGCCCGGGUCAGACGAGAUUGGCGACACGAGAGACUUCGGGAUAUAGCCACUGCACUGACAGACAGAUCGCCAGAAUCCAGUUUGGCUCUACCUGCAGAGGGAUUGCUCCACCUCAAAAAGGGUUGGUUGUGGCUGAAAACCCCAGAAGGCGAAUGGGUGCGUCGUUGGAUCGUCCUGUGCGUUCCAACCUUGAACAUAUACCAAGACCAAGAUGAACAGGCCACGCCUGAGUUCACAGUAGAGCUAUCCUCGGUCUCCAGCUACAACGAAGUGGCUACAGAGAGCAAGUACGGUUUCGAACUCCACUGGUCGAAUCAAUCCGUCACUUUGAGCGCCGUUACCGCUGGCAUCAGGUCCAACUGGUUGGAGGCUCUGAAAAAGGCCUGCCCUGCGACACCUUCUGACAGUUCGAAUUCGCCAACCACACCGCGUUCCGUUUUCCUGUCCAGCGACGAUGAGUACAAAACGGCUUCGGAAAACGACAGGAGGUUCUCUGGAGAUUGGAGCGAGCUACCACCAUCGCCGCCACUGACCAAAUUCGCAGCGGCAAGGCUGAAGGACAGGUCUAGGAUCAGAGGGAGGCUGCCCAGGUGUCAAUCUAGGCAAAAUACCGUGGACAGCACAUCGACCGACGAACUGGAUUCGGUGAGAGAGACGGAGCACGUGGAACUGAGCAACACCUUGAACAGGCAGAAUUUGGAGAUACACGAUCUGCAGACGCAGCUGUCGAAGGCGCUCAGAGAUAAGGGGGAACUGGAAGAAGAAAUUGCUAGGCUGAAGAAAAUUCAAUCUGAAGCAAUGACUUACGAAAAGAGGAUAAAGGACCUGAUCGCCAACUUCGAGAAGACGGAAAAGGAAUUGAAUCAGAGGAACUCGCAGACGGAGGUGAAAUUCACGAAGGAACAAAAAACCCUCCAGCAUCAACUUCUCGAAGCGAAGGAGAAAACGAGGAGUUACGAGGAAAAAGUCGGUCUGUUAUCUAGGGAAUUGCAGACGAAGCAACAUGUGAUAUUAGGUUUACAAGAGGACUUGUCCAAUGCGAACGAGAGGUACCAGAGGAUCGCCCAGGAAAACGAACGACUCACCAAAAGGUUACAAGAAGUCGAGAGUCGGUACCUGGUGAGGAAUCCGAAGCAAACGGAUUCUUUGACGAGUCUAACCGACAUAAAUUUGGAUAUCGACAUCGAAGAUUUAGGAACGCAUGAACUGAAGGAGUACGCCUUGGACCUGAAGAGUCGGUUCGAAAGAGCUAUCUUGGAAAUACAGGCAAUAAAGAGGAGAUUGAAGGAGGCGAACGAAAAUUUUGACAGGAUGGAAAUAGUCAAUUUCAGCUUGGAGGAAAGCAUGAAAAUAAUGAAGGAAGAGAGCGAAGCCGAGGUCAAUUUGUUAGUUAAUAGGUUGGAGCACUUGACCUCCAAGUUGAAUGCGGUGGAGAAGCAACUUCGAAGUAAAUCUAAGACUGAACAGAGAGAGAAGAGGCGUUCUUUAUCUCUCAAAGGUAGGGAGAGUUUCUCUAUCAACAAAGAAGUAGAGGAUAAAGUUACCGAAUUAGAAGCAAAAAUAGUAGCACUAGAGAAAGGAGGAAAACCAAGGCGAAAGCAUAAGAGAGAUAGAAGUAGCGACAGGAGUUCUCCCAUCGAUGACAAAUCCCUGCGUCGUCUUAGAAGGAAGAGUUUAGAUAGCGCCACAGCUUCAGAAUCCAUGAAACUGUUGAUGAGACUGAGUACCUUAGAAUCCAAAGUAACAAAUAUCAAUGUUUCGACAGAAUCCUUGAACGUCAGUAAUAGUGUUAGCGACCUUAGUAGAUUAGACGAACAAAACGACUCCUUGGACACCACCAGACUCGAAAAUAUAAUUCUAGAGGCCAAGUCUAAGCUAUGUGAGUGUUUGUACCAGUUGAAUAUAUUGCAGAAUAAUAAAAAUAAAAGAUCCGCAAACUACCACGCCGACAAAUUGGGUCUCUUGGAACAUCACCUGAAUGAAUUGAAUGAAAUCUUGAACAACUCAAACAGCAUAGUUAGCAGCGCGGAAAUCGGAGUUAUACAAUCUUCGGCUGAUUCGGUAGUUAAACAAUUCGAGAACAUACUGGUGGAUAAACUGAACGAAAUGUACGAGAAGAAGAAGUAUAUGGUUGAAAAUAACAGUUACGAUACGAAAGCUAAAUUAAAUUAUCUCGCGGAAAAAAUAGCGUUCGAAAAUAUCGUCAUCGGGAGAAUCCAAGAGGCAUUCAACAUUGCAACAAAUGGGGAAGCAUCGUGUGACAGAUUGAUUGACAAGGAAAUCAAGGAGACUGCACACUUGAUAAAUUCCCUGAAGAAUAAGUUCAAUGGUAAAAAUCUCAUGCAAGCUCCUGAGUCGAAGACGAGUGCCGAAUACCUAUCGAGAAUACUGGCUAAGGCGCUAAUUUCUGUGACCCACGGUUUCAAGAGCUUCAAGAAACAAUUCAGCAACGCGCAUCCAUCGCUGCAUCUACUGAUAGAUGAGCAACAAAAGUUGGAAAAUCAAUUGUCAGUUUACAAAUCCAUCAAGUUGCCCCAACUAGCUGAAGCCUUAGCGUCUGAAACGAUGCAUUUAAUUUCUGAUAAGGCAUGCAUAUUGAAGUCGAUUACAAACGAAACCAAGCACCAGUUCACUCAAGCUACGCGAGAAAAAGUGAAUACCGAGUUGAUUCAGGCUGAAAUCAACCAUGUUCUACUCAGAGCAGCCCAAAUUUACCAAAGCAACCUGAACUCGGAUAAUAACUAUUUCUUCAGCUUCUUCGCCUCCGAAAGAGCAGCCUUGGAGCUAUGGGCGGACUCCGUUGAAGACUACCUCUACGACGAGAUCAGCAGGAACAUCAACGAAUUGACAGAAUUGUAUCAGAACAGUUUAAAUAAACUCCAAAGACAGAACUGGCGACGAAAGUUAGAAUCUGAACGAAUAAGCCUCAGUUCGAGCACGCUGUUGAAUGAAUUCGCCGAUAUUAUAGCCCAUAAAGCUUUGAUAGACGCGCGUAUAAACGUCCUAUCGGGAAAAUUCGAAGCCCAUCAGAUAGACAGAAAUGCAAACAUGGACAACCUCUUGAACAACAUGAUUAACAGUGAAGAAUGUUGGUCUUGCAUUGAGAACCAGUCAGUACAUAUAAGCCAAAGUUUAGAAGCUGAAUUUUUGUGUAUGAUAGAUAGAUUUAGUAAAGAUUGUUAUGCUCUGGUGGAGAGACCGGAGAUUGAAACAGUUUUAGGAUAUUUGAAUGAUAUUUCGAGUGAGAUUGCUCAACUUCAACACCAAGCUAAUGUACCUGUCAACGCCAGCAUUUUUAGGGACUGGAAUGAUGUAUGUUCAAAGUGUUCUGAGCUGAGGGACAAGUUGACACAGAUUCGUUCGGCUUUGAAAAACACCACUUCAACAAACAUGCCGGAUGUCUCGAAUGUGCAACGCCCAGUCUAUCUGGGGGCUGAAUAUUUGUCUCAAGUAGAAAGUUUACGAUCAGCUUACAAAUGCGUUCUAGCUUCGUGCAAAGAUACCCACCAGGAAAGUGAUAUCGAGCAAUUGAAAUUACUUUGUGAGAGGGUUCUUGUAGCGAUGGAACAGUGGCACCAUCGGACAAUUCAGGAGAUGCGGGAGAAACACAGCCAGGAGUUGGAAAUGUUGCGACAGGAAAAAGAACAGGCGUUGCAGGAAGAAACGCAAGCAACGUUAGCGGCUUUGGAUGCCAUGAGAAAGGCGCAUGAGGCUGAGGUUCAGAAGGAAGUGGCGAAGUUCAAGCAGGAGUUUGCUAGGCAACAGAGAAACGAAGUGCUGGAACUAUCGGAAAAGUUGUCGGUUAAACGGCUGGAAGCGGCGGCACUUUCUGAACAGUUGGGAAGCGCUUCUAGGCAGUUGGCGCAUGCGCAGCAACAUAUUCUAGCUUUAGAACGCAAUCCGCAGCUUUCGAAACUCCAGAACUGAAGAAGAAUGUCUGUGAAAAGUAACAUAACUAGUCCAAAUAAUCCUCAUUCAUACCAGUGUUUAUUGGAGCAGUACAAUAUUAUCAUCACCGUUAAUGUACAGUAUUUGCACCCUUUUUCGUACCUUUACAUUUUGUUUUAUUGUUUGAAUUUGUCUACUUGUAAUAAUUUUUCCUUUCUAUUUAUUUACCUCAUUGAAUGUUGAUGUAUUCUUAUUUUGUAGGUGUACAAAUGAUAUCCAAUAUAGUUUUAUGCAAUUAGAUAUUGUUUAUAUGAUUGUGUUGGGUUUAUAUGGAAUGUUUAUAAUAUUGAAAGAAAAUAUAUAAAAUAAAAUAUUA